CGAGAUCGCUAUUGGCGCCGUGACCUCUGUACGAGAGCGGUAGCGGCUAGUAAACGCUGAGGGUUGGUGAUGGCUCCUGGUGGUGUUAGUUAGACCUGCCUGUGGCAAUUCCCGCCAGACUUUGCCUCGUGUUGUGCUGGCUUGGAGAGCUUACGGUUCUGUUUGUGUGAUUACGGGGUACGCUUGGGGAGUAGACGAGGAUUGGGUUAGGUCUCCUUUACCUCUCCGCGCCCUUCUGAGCGAGGCCUGCGGGCGGGGAGGCUCGUGCCUGUUCGGUGGGAUUUUAAAAACCUGCUUCCAUUGAGCUGAACAAAGAAGUGAGGGAAACGCCUGUUCUGUCUUCCGUUAUCACGCACUCGGAGAACAAAACCUCCCCUUCACCACGGGUGGCUGAACUAGUGGAAGGCGCACACCAUGUGGAUCCAAGUUCGUACCAUAGACGGCACUGAGACCCAUACCAUUGAUGAUCUGAGCCGUCUCACCAAGAUUGAGUGUUUGCGGGAGAAGAUCCAGAAGACCUUCUGUGUGAGCCCUGACCGCCAGCGCCUCUUCUACCGGGGCAAGCAGCUGGAAGAUGGACACACUUUAUUUGACUACGAUGUUGGACUAAAUGACAUAGUUCAGCUUUUGAUACGCUCUGAAUCUGAAGCUCCUACUACUUCUGUGACAAAUCAGGGUGGAGAGGUCAAUCCCUGUGCUGUUUCCAACUGUAAAAACAAAGUCAAAAGGGCAGCAAGUAGCAGAUCACCGAAUCAGCCAUCUACAUCAGCUCGCUUGUUUCUUAUAGAUCCUGGCAUUGGAUUGUACAAGAUAAACGAAUUGGUGGAUGCCCGUGAUGUCAGCAUUGGAGCCUGGUUUGAAGCUCAUAUAGAAAAUGUUACUCGAGCAACAAAAGGACACAAGAAUGGUAAAGCUCAAGUAAAGAGUGGCGAUUCUUACCAAAGAACUAAUGGAAACUUAAGUCAAGAUCAUUCUAGAGAGAAUGCAAAUUAUUUGGACAGUACACCAUCCACAUCUUACUCAGACUGCAUGGACACUGAUGAAGCAGCUAUUUAUCAUAUCAAGUAUGACGAGUAUCCAGAGAAUGGCAUAGUAGAAAUGGACACCAAAAAUCUUCGACCACGAGCAAGAACCAUUCUGAAGUGGAGUGAACUAAAAGUGGGUGAUGUGGUGAUGGUUAACUACAAUGUUGAGGCUCCAGAAGAAAGAGGAUUCUGGUUUGAUGCAGAAAUUACCUCUCUGAGAGAAAUUUCAAGGACUAACAAAGAGGUUCAUGCCAAAAUUCUGCUGGGAGGCCCAGAAGAUGCAAUAAAUGACUGCAGAAUCCUUUUUAUAGAGGAAAUGUACAAGAUUGAAAAGCCAGGAGCUUAUCCACUGACAUUUGGAGAUGGAGAUUUCAAAAGAAAGAGUGGCCCUGAAUGCAAGCACUGCAGGGCUGACCCAGAUAAGGAAUGUCGCUUUUGCUCCUGUUACUUGUGUGGUGGAAAACAGGAUGCUCACAUGCAACUCCUUUGUGAUGAAUGUAAUAUGGCUUAUCAUAUAUACUGCCUGAACCCUCCCUUAAGCAAGAUACCAGAAGAUGAGGAUUGGUAUUGUCCUUCAUGCAAAAAUGAUUCUAAUGAAGUUGUAAAGGCUGGAGAAAAACUCAAACAGAGUAAGAAGAAAGCAAAGAUGCCAUCUGCCAGUACUGAAAGCCAGAGAGACUGGGGCAAGGGCAUGGCUUGUGUUGGUCGCACUAAGGAAUGCACUAUUGUCCCUUCUAAUCACUAUGGUCCUAUACCUGGUGUCCCUGUUGGGACAACCUGGAAAUUCAGAGUUCAGGUCAGUGAAGCAGGUGUUCACAGACCCCAUGUUGGUGGAAUUCAUGGACGCAGUAACGAUGGAGCUUAUUCACUUGUACUAGCUGGAGGAUUUGAAGAUGAAGUGGACCGAGGAGAUGAAUUCACUUAUACUGGGAGUGGAGGUAGAGAUCUUUCUGGAAAUAAAAGAAUUGGAGAACAUUCAUUUGAUCAAACAUUAACACACAUGAACAGGGCAUUGGCCCUUAACUGUGAUGCCCCAUUGGAUGAUAAAAAUGGAGCAGAGUCUAAGAACUGGAGAGCUGGUAAGCCAGUCCGAGUAGUGCGCAGUUCAAAAGGACGACGGAUCAGCAAAUAUGCCCCAGAGGAAGGCAACAGAUAUGAUGGCAUUUACAAGGUGGUAAAAUAUUGGCCAGAAAUUGGGAAAUGUGGGUUCUUAGUUUGGCGCUAUCUUCUGAGGAGAGAUGAUAUUGAACCUGCACCUUGGACUUCAGAAGGGAUGGAACGGUCAAAGAAACUGGGUCUGAGUGUACAGUAUCCAGAAGGUUAUUUGGAAGCCAUGGCUAGUAAAGAGAAAAAGGAUAAGGUUAAGAAGCAAACUGUGAAACAGGAGCCAACCAACCAGAGUAAUGGAAACCAGAAAAGGACAAUUGAUGAUGGUAUAGAGGAGACUAAAAAUACAUCCAAAGCCAUGAGAAUGGGAGAUGGAGGGAAAGGAGAGGCUUUCCAACUCACACAGCAACAGCAGUGGCUGAUUAAAGAAGACUGUAUGAACCAGAAAUUGUGGGAUGAAGUACUUGCUUCUCUUAAGGAAGGACCAAAUUUCCUGAAGAAACUGGAACAAUCUUUUAUGUGUGUCUGCUGUCAGGAGCUGGUUUACCAGCCAGUGACAACAGAAUGCCUCCACAACGUCUGUAAAAGCUGUUUACAGCGCUCUUUCCGAGCUGAAGUCUUUACCUGUCCUGCCUGCCGCUAUGACCUUGGAAAGAGCUACACCAUGGUUCCUAACAAGAUAUUGCAGACGCUACUUGACCAGUUCUUCCCUGGUUACAGUAAGGGACGAUGAUGUGUUCAAAACCUUUCAUACUUCUCCCACUGACUUUAUAGACAGUAAAGGAGAAUAAACAUCUAAAAGUCAACAGUGAACCAGCCAGCUUGAUGGAAGUGAAUCUAUUGUCACAUUUUCAAUCAUCUAAUCCUCUUCCUCCCCAUCACCAUCUUUCUUCAUGUAGUGAGAACUCGAAAUCUCUGCUGUCUUUAACAUCAAAGGUAGUUUUGGUGAGCUGACAAAUAAUUUUUAGAGAGGAAAAAAACCCCUAAACCAGAAGCUUUAGGUCUAAGUGGUGAGUCCUAGCUGGUGCUUAAGUUAUGAUUUGGUUUUUGUAACUACCUCAGGUAGAGGAAAACAAAUUACGGGGAGGGGAAAAAUAGUUCAUAAAGUGUUUAGCUACCCACUGCUUUCUUAAUUUUACUUGUGUCUAGUCUAUGUAGUUUGAUUCAACAAAAAAGCCAAAAAACCCAAACACCCAAAAUAAAACAAAAAACAAACAGCACUUAAGUCAGCUGGAUUAAAGAACAGCAAAAUCUGUGGUGUGCAUAGUCCUUUUUUUGUCUUUCUUCCAUUAUAGUGUAUUUUUUUGCAAGAACAAGAUGACUUUUAGUCUAUUUUUGUGAGCUUCACUGUGCUUUUUCUUGUAUCUUAUGCAAGCUGACUACUAAGGACUAAUGAACAAUAUGAAUGCAUUGUUGCUACGGUAGUGUAAAGUGAUCUGUGUUUUUUUGCACUUAGCAGAUAUUCAAGACAGUAAUUGUGUACAAAAAAUUCAUAUUAAAAAAGCCACUUUUGUAUUAGUUUAAAAUGUAUCCUUUUAGUAGGUCUUAUAUCAGUGGCAAUAAAUCUAUACAACAUUGAAGACAGUGCUAGCUUGAAAAGGGUUUAAAUUGCUUCAUAUGGUGAUCUGAAAUUUUAUAUACAAUAUAUUCCCCCAAAAUAUACAUUAUUAAAUAUUUUAUGAUUCAGAAAUGUUGCUAAUUUUGUGGGUUUUGUAUUAUCCAAACUUGUCAAAUUAUGACAUUUAAAAUUAAGAUACUUUUUUCAGACUACAGAAUAUUUCCUUUAGGCAGGUUUCUUAUUCUUCAAACUUGAGUCUUCAUAUACCUUAAUUCAUUCAUCAGGAAAACAGAAGAAUAUUUGCUCAAAUGAAUUUCUAAGCCACUAUGCCCCCCCCAACCAUGCCUUAAGAAAAAAAAUCUAACCUGAUUCAGGGUCUUACAUAUCAGAUAUAUAUUUCUCCUAUAGCAGUGCUUGUGCUACAGGUGCAGCUAUUCAGGCCUCUGCUUGAGACAAGCACAAGUAGCCCUAGCUCUAUAUAUCAGAGCAGGAGUCCUGGGACCUGCUGCAGGAGACAACCUUUCCUUCUCGUUAGCAUUGUAUGUUGUGGGAUCCCAGCACAGUGAUCAGUAAAAGGGUUGUCUAAGUAGUCAUGGGGUGGUACCAACAGUUUAUAGUCUACAAAGGAGAUGUGCCAUGAUGUUGGAGGGAAAUAACAACUAGAUAUUAUUUUUUGUGUCAAUUCUCAUUUCAGACCUUUGAAAUACUAUUUAUUGUUUACUGUUAAAUAUUGUUUGAGGCUGCAUUAUAUCAGUAAGGUAUUAUCUUUGAUUUGUUAAUAGUUUUAUGUAAAGUGAUAAUCCCCUUUUGAGUGCUUGUCUACAUGUACAUUCAUGUUGGAGAAGUAUGUGCACAUUUAUGAUGACAUUCUCUGAUUCAAAACCUUGCCUUCACCUCUAUAAUGGAUCAGACAAAUGUAAUUGCUCUUUUUUUUCUCUUUUUUUUGUCCAGUUAGUUUUAGCCAAAGAAUUUCAGUUACAUUGUACUAAUGCAUAAUGCUUUAAUGUUGAUAGCAUCUCGAAUCACAUAAUAUUGAAGACAUGCAUUGUUGAACAACUCAGAAGUUCUUCAGCUUUUGAUCUUUUUCUAUACUUACUAGGAAAUGAGGUUUCAGGCACUAUGCAACAACUGUAUUAAUAUUAAGCAUAUAGUUUGAGAACUGUAGACUGUUUCCUAAGUCCAUAGAUUUCCCAAAUUGUAACCCAAUGCUUUUUAUGGUGAAAAUUAUACCUUUGUGACCAGCACAUGCAUCUGUGUAAUAUGCACUUACCAAAAGUCUACAGUAUUUUAUACCUUUUGAUGGCCUUUGAAUUGGUAAAAAGCUACCAAACUGAAUUGGUGAGGUAAGAUACUAUAAAUGCACCGUUUUAUUAGAGAAGUCAUAUCAAAACUGCUUUGGAAAAGGCAGCUUUUAAUCUAGAUUCCUGAUUCUUAAACAGGUUGGUAACAUUCAUCAAAACACACAAAUAUCUAGAAAAUAUAAGUCUGAACUAUUCACCUUCUCUGUUAAAUGUUUAGCAAGAAACUGUUCCAUAUAUUAACUUUUUUUUUUCUUAUUCCGAAGAGUUAGUGACUCUUGAUUACUAGAGAACCUAGCUUUUUCCCUAGUCUAUAUUAAUUCAGUGAGUUUGCUUUUAAUCUACCAUUUGUCACAAAGUUUAAGGCCAACUGUAGGAAGUUCCUAAUUUUUUUAUGGUUUUGGCUUAACUAUUUUUUUCAGACCAUUUUAAUGACUUAAGCACAAUUGUUUGUAAUUAACAGAUUGACAAGAUUUUGCAUAGUUAGUGGCAACUGAAAACACGUCCACUACUUUCACCUAUAUUAAAAGUCCAGUUUGUAGUAGUAUUUCAC